AUGGCAGGGAGACUCGCAGGCAAGAUUGCACUCAUCACCGGCGGCAGCAGCGGCAUCGGUCGCGCAACGGUCGACCUGUUCGUCAAGCGCGGCGCCAAGGUCGUCUCGCUAGAUGUCACUGCGCCGAGCUCGCUGUCGACGCCCUUCGUGCAGGGCAGCGUGGCCUCGGAGGACACCUGGGCGCAGGCGCUCGCGAAAUCAAAAGAGGCGUACGGCGCUACCCCGAAUGUGCUCGUCAACGUCGCUGCCGUGCUGCAGAACGGCCCGCUCUUGGAUGUCACGGAGGAUGAGUUUGCGCGCGUCAUGGCGGUGAACGUCGGGGGGCCAAUGAAGGGUGAGGCGUUUGCGCGCGAGCUGCUCAAGGACAAGCGCCCAGGGGCAGUGGUCAACGUCUCGAGUGUCGCCGGCCACCGCGUUGUGGUCGACUCGCCAAUCUACUGCGCCUCCAAGGCGGCGCUGAACCAGCUCUCGCGCCUCGCCGCGGCAGAGUUUGGCCCGCACGGGAUCCGCGUGAACGUCGUAGCGCCGGGCGCGACGCUGACCGGCAUGACGCGCGGCGCGACCAUCACGGACGAGACGGCGCCCCACAUCGCCAAGAUGAUCGCCCUCGGGCGCAUCGCGGAGCCCGAGGACGUGGCCGACUCGAUCUUGUACCUUGCCAGCGACGAGGCGGGGUACGUUACUGGCUCGGUGUUGAUCAACGACGGCGGGUUCACGCUCAACUAG